CUGGUGUGUCUCCCAGCAGCUCUGGUGGGGCCACAGAAUCCCAGUGUACCACAUCACUGCAGCAGACGGCUGGGAGGUGUGGGUGGCGGCUGCUUGGAGGAGGAUGCAAGGCGGAAGGCUGUGGAGAAGGAAGGCAUACCCUUGGCCUCCAUGUCCACCCAGCAGGAGGAAGAUGUUCUGGACACCUGGUUCUCCUCUUGCCUGUUUCCCUUUGCCUCGCUGAGCUGGCCGGGUCAGGGGAGGGGAGAGACCAUGCCUGACCUUGCUCGCUUCUACCCAACGACCUUGGUGAAGACGGGUCAUGACAUCCUCUUCUGGGUGGCUCAGAUGGUCAUGCUGGGACUCAACUUGACAGGGAGGCUUCUCUUUAAGACUGUGCUGCUGCAUGGCCUCCUGUGUGAUGGUGGCGGCCACAAGAUGUCCAAGUCCUGGGGCAGUGUGAUAGAUGUCAUCAAUGGGGCGUCCCUGGAGGUACUGUGCGAGAGGGUGGAGGGGAGCCUGAAUGCAUAAGAGGUACUCACUGGUAUCAGGAUGAACUCCCCCACAGGCAUCCCAGAGUGUGGAGCUGAUGCCCUUCGGUUCACUCUGUGCUCCACCAACUUCAAGAGUCACUGUGGCAUAGAUAGAUGAACGUGUAUGACUGUGGUGCUUCGAGUCUUGUGUGGAGUUACCAGGUGGUAACACGGAGAGCAAGUGGAAGAAACCUUGGGGGACUUCCAUGACUCAGGAACAAGCACACCUCACUGGGAGCCUUGUGACUGACAGGUGGUUCAGGAGCAAGGAGGCGGAGUGGGACGCGCGUUGUGGCACCAACACAGAGGCAGGCAGCCUGAAGCAAGGGCAGUAACACAGAGGCAGGCAGCCUGAAGGAAGGCCAGCAACACAGAGGCAGGCAGCCUGAAGGAAG